CCUCUAUAUAAGCAUUGCUGAGAUUGAGAAGAUUGAAACUAUUCCAAUCUGGGUGUCGACCGUCUGUCUCUGGUGACCGAAAAAUGGGAAGAAGAUACAGCAGAAGUCCAUCUCCUAGAGGUUACAGAAGGGGAUACCGAAGCCCUAGCCCAAGGGGUCGUUACCGAAGCCGUGGGAGAGACCUCCCAACUAGUCUGCUCGUUCGCAAUCUUCGCCAUGAUUGCAGGACUGAAGAUCUCCGUGGUCCGUUUGGCGAAUUUGGUCCGCUUAAGGACAUUUACUUACCACGUGACUAUUACACAGGGCAGCCACGUGGAUUUGGUUUUGUGCAAUAUGUUGACCCAGAUGAUGCUGCCGAGGCCAAGUAUCAUAUGGAUGGUCAGUCACUUCUUGGGCGCGAGUUGACGGUUGUGUUUGCUGAGGAAAACAGGAAAAAGCCAUCAGAGAUGAGGUCUCGUGAGCGUAUCAGCAGAUCAUCCAGUCGUUACUCCAGGUCACCUCGCCACAGAGGUUCUUACUCCCCGUCACCACGCUAUCGCCGUACCUACUCCCAAAGUCCCAGUCCUAGUCCUGGCUAUUAUUCCACUCCUUCAAGGGGCAGACACCGCUCCAGAUCCAUCUCGCCUCGUGGGAAAAGCUACAGAGAGAGAUCCUAUUCCAGGUCUCCCUACGAAAGCAGGAGCCAGAGCCGGAGUCCGGUCAGAAGUAGGAGCUGGAGCCCAGAGGGCUACUGAUGUUAUUGUCUCUGAUAUAUGGUUAUAUUUCCCCAGCUAAUGUGGGAGCUAUUUAAGAACAUCUUCUGACUUCUUGGUAAUGGGUGUUGAGUGGGGGUAGUAGUUGGAUAAAUAUAGUUGCUUCUCAUCUCUCUCUUAUUGUAUUUUAUAUGUUCUCUUGUAAUGGGAUUUCCAAGUGUAAUGUCUAUUGGUAUUACGAUUUCCCAUUCUGUGGUGAAA